AUGGUGAUGGAAAACGUCUCUUCCUCUUCGCUGUUCUCAACCAGCUCCACCACUCAGCAUGAAAACUCCACUGUGUCCAAUUACUUCUCUGGCCUCCAAAAGAGCAUGCAUAUCCUUUCCAUGGUGGUCUACAGCCUUGCGUGUCUGCUGGGGGUGACAGGCAAUGGCCUGGUCAUCUGGAUCGCUGGCUUCAAGAUGAAGAAAACAGUAAAUGCCGUGUGGUUUCUAAACCUGGCUGUUGCUGAUUUCAUCUUCACCUUUUUUCUGCCCUUCAGCAUCGCCUACACUGCCCUGGGCUUUCACUGGCCAUUUGGGAAGCUCCUGUGCAAACUGAACAGCACCAUUGCCUUCCUCAACAUGUUUGCUAGCGUCUUCCUCCUAACAGUGAUCAGCAUAGACCGGUGCAUUUCGGUGAUUUGCCCUGUGUGGUCUCAUAACCACCGGACACCAAAGUUGGCUUCCAACAUUGCCCUGCUCACAUGGGUCCUAGCCUUCAUCAUCAGCUCUCCGUAUCUUGUUUUUCGAGACACGGCUACUAAUUCGAAGAAUGUCACCAGCUGUUACAAUAACUUUGCCCUGUCUGAUGACUAUAAAUCUGAGGCGACACGUCGGCUGUGGAGAAUGAGGCACAAAGCUAUGAUCGUAACCAGAUUCUUAUGUGGGUUCCUCAUCCCCUUCACCGUGAUCCUUGUCUGCUACAGCAUCAUUGCCGUCAGGAUGAAAAGGAGCCAUCUAGCCAGGUCCACUAAGCCUUUCAGGAUCAUUGUUGCUGUCACAGUGUCUUUUUUCCUCUGCUAUUUCCCGUACCAUGUCUUCUGCUUGCUGGAAAUGUCUAAAAACUCUUCCAAUCAGGAGCUGAAAAUGGCCCUUUACAUAGGGAUCCCCUUGGUUUCCAGUCUUGCCUUCUUCAACAGCUGUAUCAACCCCAUCCUCUAUGUCUUUGUGGGGCAGGACUUCAAGAAGUUCCGACAGUCCAUCCUCUCUGCCUUCGAGGGGGCCUUCAGUGAGGACUCCAUCCUGACCACCCUGGCCAGCAAGAGAAAAUCCAGAGCCACUUCUGAAGCAGAAGUUCCGGGGGUUUAA